GGCAGUGCGCUCGGAGCGCCAGUUUCGCGAUCGCUCCCCCUCUUUGUCUCUUCCAGAAGUGCUUCAGCAGCAUCGACCGCCAAGCGCUAGCGCAUUGCAAGAGGACAUCGGCCAGCUUCUUCGUUCGUCUGCCUCCUCUUGCUCCCACUUUGACUCUGGUCUUUCGUCUCGCUGGAAGAGAUAGGAGACAGGGGGCUAUCGCGACAGCGCGCGGAAGGAGGGGUACCGAUGCAUCAUCCUUCAAUGGCACCUAUCGGAGGAGCCGGCGGUGGAGUGGUUUCGCCCCCACCUUCCCUUGCUGCAGCGCCCGGAGCAGCGAUGCAGAGGCAGCAGUAUGCGCAACCACAAGCACCCCCGAGGGGGUUAGCGCAGCCUCAGCCUCCAGCGCCGGCCCCGCAGCAGGCCUAUCAGGGCACUCUCCCGCCUGGAACGAGGGUCCACGUUGGCGCGAUCACGGUCACUGUCAAACGCUACCUGAGCCAGGGCGGCUUUGCUCACGUAUACCUCGUGACGACGGAGCAGCCGAUUCCCAUGCCCGUUUCGUCCACUUCGGCUCCCUCAUCGACCUCGUCGAGUACCAGGGGUGAGACUACGCACGUUCUCAAGCGCAUGGCUGUGCCGGACAAGGAGACGCUGGCACUCGUCCGCAGCGAGGUUGAGAUUCAUCGCUCGCUACGUAAUCAUCCCAACAUCAUCUCAUUCAUCGAGGCUUCGGCGACCAAUCUGCAGGGCAGCGGGUAUGAGGUCUUCAUCCUUAUGGAGUUUGCCGCUGGUGGGGGCAUCAUCGACCUUAUGAAUGCACGGCUGCGGACGAGGCUGUCGGAACGAGAGGUUCUCAAGAUCUUUGGCGACGUGGCCAGCGGUCUCAGUGUCAUGCACCACAUGGAUCCUCCCUUGAUGCAUCGCGAUCUCAAGGUCGAAAACAUCCUCCUGGCACCUCCACCAAAGGAGAAUCCGGCGGCGGGGCCGACGUACAAGCUGUGCGACUUUGGCAGCUCCACCCCCAUUCUCUCGAGACGCGCCCCACGGUCUCUGGAAGAGGUCAAGCGACUGGAGGCCGACCUCAACAGGCACACGACGCUUCAGUACCGCGCCCCGGAGAUGGUCGACGUCUACCAGAGACGGGUCAUUGACGAAAAGGCAGACAUCUGGGCCAUGGGCGUGCUUCUAUACAAGCUUUGCUACUACACGACGCCGUUUGAGGAGAAUGGCGGUGGGCCUCUCGCCAUCCUCAAUGUCCAAUAUCGCUUUCCACCCAUGCCCCCCUAUUCGCAAAAGCUCAAGAAUCUCAUUGCCUCGAUGCUUCAAGAGCAAUCUUCGGCAAGACCGACGAUUGACCAGCUCAUCAUUUCAGUCCACCAGAUUCUCGGCACCAAGCCUCCAGCCUCGGCAGUGCACUAUGCUCAGCUGGCAACAAGCGGCAAGCAGAUGCAAGCGUUGCCAUCGGUCGUCUCGUCAUCGAGCCACUUGACUGGAUCGGCAGCGGCUGAUGCUGCCGCACUGGCAAUGGCGCAACAGAGGCAGCAAGCCGACCGAGCAGGUGCUGACGGCGUCGACAAGGACCUCAUUGCCAAAGGCCCUUCGGCAGCCGAGAGAAAGAGAGCAGAGGAGGAGGAGCUCAGGAAGAGGAGCGAAGGCAUCACGCCGAUGAGGAGAGGAAGACCGACGCGGGCGAACCAAACGGCGUCGUCCACAACUGCUUCGACUAGUACCCCUUUCUCAGCUGCCACUGGGAGCCAUUCUGCGGGCCAGACGAGAUCCAACAAAGAAAACGCCACGCCAGGGAGCGCCGAGAUGGGCUUCUCGGAUUCCUUUGCCCCGGCGCCUGCCACAAAGGCGGCCUCGCCCCCACCUUCGAAGCUUGCUCUCUCAUCGGCACCUGGGCCACCAUCGAGACCUUCAUCGUCGACGUCCGACGUGAGGCAACGAGAAACACCCUUGAACCACUCGCCCGCGCUACCAGGCUUUCGGACCCCGUCGCACGAUGCUGCCCGAAUAUCGCCCUUGCCUACUGCUUCAGCGGCACCAUUGGUGUCGAAAGGUCAAGAUGACGAAGCAUCUUCGCGAUUUCCCAGUGUGGAGGAGCUCGAUGCCAGGUAUGCGUCGCCACCUCCCAAGUCGUCGGUGCCACCAACGAGACGUUGGAAGGAAGAAGAAAACGAGCGAGAUCAGCGGACAUCACAGGCUAUCCCUAGGUCGAAGACGACAUCUAACGUCACCAUCCCUGGCCUAUCGAACCGACAGAGCCUCUCUGCCAUCGCUGGCAAGUUUGGUGGGACCAUCGGAUCGCCAGUCACCUCCCCACCGACAUCUUCAGCAACGGCCAUUCCUUCAGCAAACCACCAGGCGUCAUUUGACAAGCCGAGCGGAUCGGUCAUGAAGCGCUGGAAUCACGAGUCGUCAGCCUCCAUUGCCACUGCACCCAGCACCUCUGAUAGACGCUCUUCCUACCUCUCGGCCACCAGCACCUCUUCAUCGAAGAAGCUUCCACCGGCACCAGAGAUGGAAAGGCGGGCGCCUGCGCUCCCGCAACGACAGCCAAAGCCUAAAGAUUGGCUUACUGGCGACGAAAGCGUGGAAGACAAGCCGAAAGGUGACCAUGACACUUACAAAAGCCCUGCCCGCUAUGGUAGCCAAUCUGUUGGAGUUGAGAAGGUGCAGGAUCUUCGUGACGCGAGUGAGUCAAGUGGCGACGAAGAGGAAGGGCCAGAGGACCUCGACAAGCCUGCGGCUCGGGAGAGGGUGACGCCGACGCAUGUUGCGGGAAACAUCGUUUCACAACGACUCCAAGCGCGCAAGGACAGCGCACCAACGCUUCCUGCGCCAUCGAAGAAGCCGACGCUGCCGCCAGGCAAGAUCAGGCCUCCCGCUUGGAUCGAGGCGGAGCCAAGGAGCAGCGCAGUACCCAAGGAAGAGACGGAGGAGAGAGAGAAGAUGACGAGUGAUGCAGAGAUGGACAAGAUGGCCCAGGAAGCUGAGAAGGCUCUCGAGAAGUUCAUUGGAGCGGGUGCAAGCACCGACGAUGGACCAUCGCCCGUCUCAGGUGAUGUGACGACGGCCAAAGUCAGCGCACCGGCUCCUUCAUGGGACGAAGACGAUGAGGAGAUGCAAUUCAUUGCACCACCCGCGCUACAGGGCAAUGAUGCUGAAGUAUCGAAUCUUGUCGAGCUCGGGACGCCGGUUCAUAAAGCCCCUCCGGUCAAGACAUACGUCGAGGCUUCUACGUCGCCCAUGCCUUCGCCCGUCUCACGCGGUCCGGAGGAGCAGAAACCGUUGUCAAAGGAAGCGCCUGCCAAGCCUCCAGUCGUGGCCCCCAAGCCCACGCGCAAGAGCACAGCUCGCGAAGUGGCCGAGAUCAUGUCCAAGUACGAAGGCUUGACUACCGAGGAUCCAUCCUUGUCUUCGCCCUCGCAACCCGAGUCCGACAAGCUCAUUUCCUCGCCUUCUAUGGCAGCUAGUGUGAAUGGCCCGAAGCCUGAUGAGCAACCUGCUUUCGACAAGGUGCCGGAAGCCGGGCCAAAGCAACAAAGGAAAGAUUCUUUGUCCAGCACUUACAACGGCAGCGUUCCUCCAAAGCCAAGCAGCAGCAAGCCCUCGAGCUGGCAAGCUGCUACAAAACCUUCUGGCGCCGGGCAAUUUGCUCAUCUGAAGCCCUGGGAGAGGGAGGCGGCUGAGAAGGCGCAGGUCGAAAAGUACGGCUCGCUCCGGGACCAGGAUGAAGACGAAGGUGACGGGGAGCCCUCUUCUGCCCGCAUUUCGCGCAAGGGAGAAGCUCAAGAGCGGUUUACGGGCGUAUCGAACCUCAUCUCCCAGUGGCAGGCCAACGCACAAAAGGGUGCACCGGGAUGGGGGACCAUCGGAAGUCCUACCACUAAGAGUUUCGGAACGAAAGAAAGGAAGAAGUCUCAAGAUGAUUCUGGCGCCAUCGAUUUGGGGAGGAGCAGGACAAAUGCGUCUUCUUCGACGAUGGGCCCGACCAGAGGAAGUCGUCUGGCAGGAAGAGAUGUCUAGGCCUGACUUCACCGAGAAUCUGUGCUGCCACUCUUGUCCCUCUCUUUGAAACGCAUACUACAAAUAGACGCAUCAAAGUCCCAUUCUCUCCGUGUCUGCUCGCCAUCAUUGUCUCCGCCAACACCAAGACCGUACUUCAAUUACAAUAUCUCCAUUCUUGAAAUGUGAGCUAAAUUUUGUAUUCGACUGCGGACGCGUUCUUCUAACGGUUCUUGAGAUGGGCGGGCCUGGAUCUCAGCCUGCUCCGGGACCGAAGAGGCAGCACCAAGCUGGGCGUCAGGACAAUAGCUGGUGAUGUGUCCACUCAAUUGAUUGAAC